AUGUACGCACACAUCCAAAGUGAGAUUGUGCCAUGAAUUGGAACUUGGCAAUAUAAUAACCAACAAACUUGGUCAGGUUCCAACUCUUCGAACAAACUAACUAGCUAGGUGAGAAAAAGAGAAACAUGCCUUGCCUUUACAUCACCACCAACCUUAACCUAGAUGGAGUUGACACCAACCCCGUCUUUUCUGAAGCCACCACUGCUGUCUCUACAAUCAUUGGCAAACCUGAGAAGGUUUCAGACGUGUACAAGCUUUUCAUGUCGUUUGUAAUGGUCAUAUUGAAGUCAUCAGUACCAAUAUCAUUUGAGGGUAACAAGGAACCAGCAGCAUAUGCUGAGAUAGUUUCAAUGGGUGGCAUAAAUACAGAAGUGAAGAGGAAGCUGAUUGCUACCAUUGGAACCAUUUUGCAGUCCAACCUGUCUAUCCCAAGAACACGAUUUUUCCUCAAAGUCUUUGAUGUGAGUGCGUUUCGUACCAACUCCAAAAUGUAAUGCCUUCAAAUUCUGAGACAAUACUCGCCAUUGUGCUUUAAUAAUCAUCAACGUUCGUUUUAAACGUGUGUGUACUUAAUUAUUGGCUUGUUGCUAUUAAUAUUUAUUCUCAUAUGUUCUACUUCAUUUGAAUAUCUAUGCAAUAAUGCAAAGUUAUUCCUGCAAUUGAUUCUCCUA